CAGGGUGCGCGUAUGUUUCAGAAAGGAGGUGGCAGAUGCCUCUUCGAAACAACAGACAACUACCGUCUACUUACAACCUGUUUUUCAUCUCAUACUGCUGAAGAGCAGCUGUUGGGAUGCCAAAGAAGUUCCAGGGCGAGAACUCCAAGGCGGCCACAGCUAAAGCCCGCAAGGCUGAGGCCAAGGCAGUGGCAGACGCCGACAAGAAGAAGCAGGAAGAGGAUGCUUUGUGGCAGGAGACAGACAAACUUGUUCUGAAAAAAGGGCAGAGAAAGGAUGACAAGGAGAAGAAGAGGCUCGAGCUCCUGGAGAGGAAAAAGGAAAACCAACGUCUUCUCGAUGAGGAGACCUCCACCAUAAAAGGCAAAGCCCUGAGGGAGGCAAGCGAAAGAGUAACUCGUGCCGAGAUUGAGGAGGUGCUUCAGAACGACCAACAGCAACUGAAGGAGCAAGAGCUCAAGCCAAAAGAAAAGAGCCACCUGGAUACUCCACUGGAAGAGAAUGUGAACAGGAUUAUCCCUGAGGAAGGAACCGUGGAAGCCCGAUCAAUAGAAGAUGCCAUCGCUGUGCUCAGCACCGGGCCAGAUGACACCGACCACCACCCGGAGCGCAGGAUGAAAGCAGCGUUUGCCGCCUAUGAGGAGGCCAACAUGCCCCGCCUAAAACAGGAGAACCCCAACAUGAGGCUGUCGCAGCUGAAGCAACAGCUAAAGAAGGAGUGGAUGAAAUCACCAGAUAACCCCCUGAACCAACGCUUUGCCAACUACAACACAAAGUGAAUGCACUCCCCUCCCAAUAGCCCCUUUGAAAACUGUCUGCCUAAUGCUCAUAGGAGACUGCCAUUGAAAAAAUCUAAUAAUUAAUUCUAAUAAUUUCAUUUAAAAAUGUGUGUCGCUGAUGAGAGCUUCACCGUUUCCCACCAAGAAACAACUUUCCAACGCCAGGUGACUCGGCUUGGUUUGUUUAAUUCACAAUGAGUCUAAUGUGUCACUUCAGCAUCCAUUUCAUUUAAUUACAUACUUUUUUUAUAGCACUUCUUGGGAGGUGGGAAGCCAGAUGAUUUGAAAGUAACUUAUUAAAGUUCAACACUCGAUGGAAAAUA